UUGUCACCCUGCAUAUGUAGUGUAGCAUUCUAGCAUAUGCAGGUGUAUGUAUGUAUGUAUGUGGAGUAACGAUAUAGUUCAAGACAAACAGACUGGUGACCACAUUUCAUCUUGUUCUCUCUUCUCUCUCUCUCUCACUGGACGCCACCUUUUUGAGUUGUUGUCACAGUGAGCAGAAAGCGGCAAAAAUGGUUAAUCAGAGAAAUUGAUUCUUGUUUUGCUGCAGAGUGGUGGCCACAUAGCUACCAAUUCCUCAAUUCCCACAUCUCGCAUUGCUUCAUUUCUCAGUCUUUCUCUGUGUGUGUGGAGAGAAAAUGGAAGCCAACUCAGCUUCCAAGUGGUUUUUGCUCUGUAUAGUUUUGUUUCUCGGUCUGCAGCUGACAAAGUGCGCUGUCACCUACGAUAGGAAGGCAAUUAUCAUUAAUGGGCAGAGGAGAAUUCUCUUUUCUGGCUCAAUACACUACCCCAGGAGCCCCCACAAUAUGUGGGAAAGUCUAGUACAGAAAGCCAAAGAUGGUGGUUUGGAUGCUAUAGAUACCUAUGUGUUUUGGAAUGGUCAUGAACCUUCUCCUGGCAAUUAUAAUUUUCAGGGGAGGUUUGACUUGGUUCGGUUUAUCAAGACGGUCCACGAAGCUGGCCUAUACGUCCAUCUUCGCAUUGGGCCUUAUGUUUGUGCAGAGUGGAAUUUUGGGGGGUUUCCUGUUUGGUUGAAAUAUGUUCCAGGCAUUAGCUUUAGAACAGAUAAUGAACCUUUCAAGUUGGCAAUGCAAAAAUUUACCCAGAAAAUUGUUCAAAUGAUGAAGGAUGAAAAUCUGUUUGCGUCUCAAGGUGGCCCCAUUAUCCUCUCUCAGAUUGAGAAUGAAUAUGGGCCUCAAGGAGAAGCAUAUGGACCUGCAGGUCAUGCAUACAUGACUUGGGCUGCAAAGAUGGCUGUUGGAUUGGGCACUGGGGUCCCAUGGGUUAUGUGCAAGGAAGACGAUGCCCCGGACCCUGUGAUAAACACAUGCAAUGGUUUUUAUUGUGACUACUUCUCUCCGAACAAGCCUGACAAACCCACACUAUGGACUGAGGCUUGGAGUGGCUGGUAUACAGAAUUUAGUGGCCCAAUUCACCAGCGACCAGUGGAAGAUUUGGCAUUUGCAGUAGCUCGUUUCAUUCAGAAGGGAGGCUCCUUUGUAAAUUAUUACAUGUAUCAUGGAGGAACAAACUUUGAAAGAACUGCCGGUGGCCCUUUCAUUACUACCAGCUAUGACUAUGAUGCUCCCAUUGAUGAAUAUGGCUUGAUAAGGCAGCCCAAGUAUGGUCAUCUGAAUCAACUCCAUAAGGCUAUUAAGUUAUGCGAACGAGCUUUGGUUAGCGCUGAUCCUACUGUCACAUCAUUGGGAACUUAUGAAAAGGCAUACGUUUUCUCUUCCAAGUCAGGAGGCUGUGCAGCUUUUCUCUCAAAUUACAAUCCAAGGUCAACUGCAAGUGUGACUUUCAAGAACCAGAACUACCACCUGCCACCUUGGUCCAUAAGCAUCCUUCCUGAUUGCAAAACGGCUGUCUUCAACACUGCUCAAGUUGGAGAUCAGACAUCCCAAGUGCAAAUGUUGCCCACUAAGACUGAGUUUCAUUCAUGGGAUACAUUUAGUGAAGACUUAUUGGCAGCUGAAGAUGAUUCAACAAUCACUGUCUCUGGUCUCUUGGAGCAGUUGAACAUCACCAGAGAUACAACCGAUUAUCUCUGGUAUACUACCAGUGUUGAUAUUAGUUCAUCAGAAUCAUUUCUGCGUCAAGGCCAACACCCAACUCUCAGUGUGAAGUCAACUGGCCAUGCCAUGCAUGUCUUCAUCAAUGGGCAUCUUUCAGGAUCGGUGUUCGGGACUCGGGAGAUCGUGAGAGUUACUUAUACAGGGGAUGUUGAUCUGAAAGCUGGAAGAAACAUAAUUUCACUACUCAGUAUAGCUGUUGGAUUGCCAAACAUUGGUUCACACUAUGAGACGAGAAGCACUGGAAUCCUUGGACCAGUUGUCAUACAUGGGCUAGACGAGGGGACAAGGGACUUGUCCUGGCAGAAAUGGUCAUACAAGGUUGGGCUUAAAGGAGAAUCCAUGAAUUUAGAUUCUCCAAACUCUAUCUCCUCAGUUGAUUGGGUGCAAGGGUCCCAAGUGGCAGAGAAACAACAGCCACUGACAUGGCAUAAGACUCAGUUUGAUGCACCAGAAGGAGAAGAGCCAUUGGCUUUGGAAAUGACAGGUUUGGGGAAGGGUCAAGUGUGGAUCAAUGGAGAGAGCAUUGGAAGAUAUUGGAAUGUCUAUGCUAUAGGUAAUUGCAGUGAAUGCAGUUAUUCUGAUACAUUCCGGCCUAAAAAGUGCCAAUUUGGUUGUGGCCAGCCAACUCAAAAAUGGUACCAUGUUCCUCGGUCAUGGUUGAAGCCAACCAAUAAUCUAUUGGUAGUUUUUGAGGAACUUGGUGGGGAUCCAUCUAAAAUUAAACUUGUGAAGAGAUCAGUUACAAGUACCAGCCUGCAUUAGAAGCAUUUGAAGUAGCAGAAAUGGAAUUAAAUAGAUAAGAGUAUUGGAAUUCUGAGUUCUUGUUAGAUUUGUGGAAUAACACAUUCAUAUAUUGCAAAUGUAAAGCAAGGUGUAGGCAAGGUUUCUGAAAGUGAAGAAUAAACAGCACAAAAUAAUUGGAAGUAAAUAAAGAAGCUUCUCAAUCACAAUGCCUAAAGCACCUAAG